AGACUAUAAAUACCACCUCCUGCUUCCCCCCGGUCAGUGUAGACAACCGACGCCCAACAACGACGUACUAGUUACCGGAAAAAUAAACACAAAAGACCUGCAGGUGAAGUAUGGCUCGUACCAAGCAGACCGCUCGUAAAUCCACCGGAGGAAAGGCGCCUAGGAAGCAGCUGGCCACCAAAGCUGCCAGGAAAAGCGCGCCAUCCACCGGCGGCGUGAAGAAGCCCCACAGAUACAGGCCUGGUACUGUUGCUCUGCGUGAGAUCCGCCGGUACCAGAAGUCCACUGAGCUGCUCAUCAGGAAGCUGCCCUUUCAGCGUCUUGUGAGGGAAAUCGCUCAAGAUUUCAAGACAGAUCUGCGUUUCCAGAGUGCAGCUAUUGGUGCUCUGCAGGAAGCCAGUGAGGCCUACUUGGUUGGACUGUUUGAGGACACCAACCUGUGCGCCAUUCACGCAAAGAGAGUCACCAUCAUGCCCAAGGACAUUCAGCUGGCCAGGCGAAUUAGAGGAGAGCGUGCAUAAAGGACUUGUGUAUUUUAUCUUUUUAGUGGGGGGUGGGUGGGAUUGACCGGGGGUUUGUUUUGUAAAUCUUGGAACUAUUACCAGCAUGUGUACCACCUAAUUUGUAGUUUUGGGCAUGUUUUCCUUGUACUGUCUUAUUUUCUUCAUUUCACUCUUUACUUUCUCAAACUGUCCUCUUCACUGUAGAAUACAGCUCUAAAUCUGUAAAUGCUGUAAAACAAAUUAUUCAACUGUCUUUCUCAGGUUUGCUAAACUAUUUUAGAAUCUGUACUUUUUUUUGGGUUUAAUCCUGUGUGUGCAUGUCAUAGGGUUUCUUGUUGUGCUGUAAAUAAACUUUCCGCUACCUCAAA